CAAACACGGCACAGUGGCACACGCUGAAUUAAAAUCCACGUGUGUUCGGGAUCUUGUUUUUAUUUUUCCUCUGAGACUGAAAAUACAUUGCACAGCGAGCUGACCGUGUUUUACUCCAAAAUGAAGUCGAACCAUUUCUUGGAGGGCGAUCUCGCUGGAGAAGCGCCUCCGAAAUGGUACCAAAACGAGCCGAAGAUUGAUUGUAAAGAAGCUAAAACUGAAGACGAUCAAAAUCUAAUUUUUAAAUACACGAAGCUGGCAGAAAAUCUAUUUGCUGAGGAAGUCUUAAGGUUUAACAACAAACAGCUAGGCAAAAACCGGUACCAAAACAACUGGAUGCAAACUAUCAUGAGCAAAGGCACACUUGGGGAUAAAGUUGCUGCCCAAAUCGUCCAAGUUCAGAACUCUCCUCUGCAUUCUUUGUCUGCACUUAGUAGCCUUAUUGGAAUGGUUAAAGUUGGCAAGAAAAAGGAGAGCCUGCAAGUGAUGGAAAAUUUAGUCGAGCUCUGGCUGAAUGACUUACUAAGGCCGGACACUAAACUGAUUCCAUUUAAUGCAAGGCCUUUGGCUGCCUUAGAGAAACUUGACCAAACCCAGAGUGCCAAGUGCUUAUUGUACUGGUGGUUUGAGGGAAAGUUGAAGGAUCAGUACACCAACUUUGUAAAGGCAUUGGACCAGAUUUCUAAAGAUUCCGUCGAUAGCAUUAAAAGCAAAGCAAUAAGCUGUCUGAGUCAGUUGCUCACAGCCAACCCUGAGCAGGAACAGCUGAUCCUGUCCCAGCUUGUGAACAAAUUGGGAGACCCUCAACAGGCCAUUGCCAGUAAAACAAUGCAUGACUUACAACAAGUUCUGCGGAAACACCCAAAUAUGCAGCCAGUGGUGCUCGAGGAGGUCGAGAGAAUGAUUUUCAGGCCGAACAUUCAAAGCAAAGCCCAGUACUAUGCAGUUUGUUUCUUGGUACAAUUCCACUUGAGUCACGAGGAUAAGAAAUUGGCAACGGCCAUGAUCAAUUUGUACUUCUGCCUCUUCAAAGUCUGUAUAAAUAAAGGGGAACUUGAGUCAAAAUUGUUACAAAUCCUUUUGAACGGUGUAAAACGAGCGUUCCCAUAUGCAAAAGACUCAUUCGUCGGCACACUUGCUGACCACUUGGACACCCUGCACAAAUUGAUUCAUGUGUCAUCUUUUGGCAUUGCCCUGCACGCUCUUUGUCUUCUUUACCAAGUGGCACAGGCCUCCAGCUUGAUUGAGGACAGAUUCUAUAGUUCCCUGUACAAGAAGUUGCUCGACCCUGAGGUCAUCAAGACAAAGCACCACGCUCUUUUCCUCAAUAUUGUGUAUAAAUCCGUCAAUAAAGACACCCAAAUUCCGAGGGCCCAAGCAUUCAUCAAGAGGCUUCUCCAGUUGGCACUUUCAGCCCCAUGCAAUUUGGCCAGCUCACUGCUCUACCUGAUAUCGCAGCUGGUUAGCAAGAGGAAGGACUUGAUCACCUUGGAAACCAAAACUGGAGAAGAGAGAGCCAAGUUUGAUGAUGAUGAUGAAGAUGACGAAGAAAAAUACGUGGACGUUAAAUUAGAUGACGAGGAAAAACAAUCAGAAAAUCCUUUGCCAAAACCUUCAGGAUCAUGGUCAUGGGUUGCAGAAAACAAGGGGCAGAAGUCAAAAAGUGAUCAGACAGAUUACCAGCCGUUCACCAGAAACCCAACGUUUGCCCGCGCAGAGAAAGUUGGCCUGCGAGAAUUGUCCCUUUUGGCCAAUCACCACCACCCAACGGUUGCUUUGUUUGCACAAAAUAUUCUCAACGGGGAAAAUAUUCGUUACUCUGGAGACAUGCUUGUUGAUUUUUCUGCUACAAGGUUUCUUGACAGAUUCUGUUUCAAGAACCCCAAGAAGGAGUCGUUGAAAGAACACAUUUUCUCCCGAACUAGCCAAUACCAGCCUAAGGGUAUAAGGUCUUUGAGAGUUAACAGUACAAGAUAUCUGAACAUGGCAGAGGACCAAAUUCCGAAGGAAGAUCUGUUCUUAUACCAGUACAUGCAGAAGAAAAUGCAGUCACUCUCUGAGAAAAAGGAAGCGGAAGGAGAAGAAGAAAGUGACAAUGAGAGUGUGAACAGUGAAGAGUUUGAAAAAAUGCUCUUCGGCAAUAGAAAGGAUGAUGAUUCGGAUGAAGAUGAGGAGGACGAGGAGCAAGACGCUGGAUUGAUUGAUUUUGAACAGGAAGUAGAAGAGGCUGAGAAAAAGAACAAGGGCACUAAGAAGAAGAAAAAGAGGCAGCUGACCGAAGACGACAUGGAUGAUGAUAUGAGUGACGAGGGCGGAUUGCCCAGUGACUUUGCCACAGCUGACCAGUUUGCUGAAAUGCUGCAGAAUGCGGGUAUUGAGGACGUGGACAUGGCGGGUUCCUCUGCUGUCAGAAAUGCUGAUAAUUCACAUGUGAAGCAACUUCGAUGGGAGCAAGACAGAGAGAAACGUUUUAGAGGCGCUGGUCAAAAGUGGAAACAAAAAGGCCGGCCCAACAUUAUCAAAGGAAAGAAAAAGAGAACAAAAUGAAAAUGAUUUUUGAUGCAAUGUAAUUUUUAGGUUUACUCACUCGAAAGAAAAUAAAAUUUUAAUUAACAAUUAACUCAAAAAAUUUUGGUAUAAGA